AUGGCCAAGUCGAAGAACCACACGAACCACAACCAGUCGCGGAAGAACCACCGCAACGGCAUCAAGCCGCCGCUGCCGAGCUACCUGCACAACUCCAGGCGCGGAACCUGGCUGCCGGCCCUCGUGAACUCCCGCCGCGUGCGCAAGAACAACCAGAAGGCCGCCAUUAAGGCUCGCCGUGAGCGCCUCGCCGCGCACAAGGCCGCACAGAAGUAG